AUGGAUAACACCACUGCUACUACUACCACGACGCGAUACAACUCGCCCAUUCCGCCGAACAUCGAAAUCGUCGGAACAAAGCCUGAAUUGGCAAAAACCCAAGAGGCCAAUUUAGGCGCGCUCCUCUACCCCGAAAACGGCGGAUACUAUCUCAAGUAUCCAGAAAGCAAGGUCGUAGCUAUCGCUUCUGACCGACUAUGUUCCGUUUUGGAUGAUUCGUACACGUCGCUGCUUUUCCAUUACGAGCGGGAAGGCCUGCACCAAGAGGCCGAAGAAGUGAUGAAGGAAUUACGGAAAGGGGGAAUAGACGCGGAUGCACUCAAGAGAGAUGCGAGCGUUGAGAUUAAGAGCGGUGCCUGCGUUUUGGAUGGUGGUCCCGACAGGGACGCCGGUGAUGAUGGCCAACAGCCGAAGGCUGGGCCGUAA